CUCUUUCGCCUUUGUGUCUGCACAGAGAAAGUGUCACACUGCGAGAAGGAGUUGCUGGGUCCUGAAGAUGCUUUAGAAACUGGAUUUCGGUGGACAGCUUGGGAUGCUUGAGAACUGCCACUCAAGGACCACUUUUUACAAUCUUAAACUUUCUACAGCAUUUCCUACUUUUCCCUCCUCUUUCACAGGAUUUUAGGUGACCUUUCUGGUUAUCUAGUUUUAUUUUGUUAAACCAAACCAUUCUCUGACUUUUGGGGGUGUGUGGUAGCUCUGGACCAUGCUCUCCCUGUGGUUGUUCCUACUCCCUUGCCUGAGCCUCGUUCCUCUGGCGCCGGCUGAGAAGGGCCUGGAGUUCCCACAGUAUGACGGGAAAGACCGUGUCCUAGACAUCAAUGACAAGAAUUACAAGAAAGCCUUGAAGAAGUACAGCAUGCUUUGCCUGUUCUACCAUGAGCCCAUACCAGACAGCAAGGAGCUACAGAAACAACACCAGAUGACUGAGCUGGUGCUGGAGCUUGCAGCUCAGGUUAUGGAAGAGAAGGACAUUGGGUUUGGAAUGGUGGACUCCCACAAAGAUGCAAAGGUGGCAAAGAAACUGGGUUUGGAAGAGGAAGGCAGUGUAUAUGUUUUUAAGGAGGAUCGGGUGAUCGAGUUCGACGGCCUGCUCUCUGCUAACACCCUGGUGGAGUUUUUGUUGGACCUAUUAGAGGAGCCAGUAGAGGUGAUAGGAAAUGCUCUGGAGCUGAGGGCCUUUGAUCGGAUGGAGGAAGAUAUCCGCCUCAUCGGUUACUUCAAGAGCGAAGACUCUGAGCACUAUGAAGCAUUUAAAGAAGCUGCAGAGCAGUUCCAGCCCUACAUUAAAUUCUUUGCCACUUUUGAGAAAUCUGUGGCCAAGGAGCUGACGCUGAAGCUGAACGAGGUGGAUUUCUAUGAACCCUUCAUGGAGGAGCCCGUCACCAUCCCAGGCAAACCUCACUCUGAGGAGGAAUUGGUGGAAUUCAUAACCGAACACAGACGACCAACUCUGAGGAAACUGCGUGCAGAAGAUAUGUUUGAGACCUGGGAGGAUGAUAUCGAGGGCAUCCACAUUGUGGCCUUUGCAGAGGAGGAGGAUCCUGAUGGCUAUGAGUUCUUGGAGAUCUUGAAGGAGGUAGCCAGGGACAACACCCACACUCCUGACCUCAGCAUCAUCUGGAUCGACCCCGAUGAUUUUCCCUUGCUGAUCCCCUACUGGGAGAAGACCUUCAAGGUGGACCUGUACAGACCACAGAUUGGAGUAGUCAAUGUAACAGAUGCCGACAGCGUGUGGAUGGAGAUGGAAGAUGAGGAGGAUCUUCCCAGCGCUCAGGAGCUGGAGGACUGGAUUGAAGAUGUGCUGUCCGGCAAAGUCAAUACCGAGGAUGAUGAUGAUGAUGACGACGACGAUGACGACGACGAUGAUGAUGAGGAGGAUGAUGACAAUAAUGAAGAUGAUGAUGAUGAUGACAGUGAAGAUGAUGAUGAUGACAGCGACGACGACGAUGAUGAUGAUGAUGAUGAUGAUGAUGAUGAGUAAUUCAUGAGAAUAAUAAAUUGUGACUCCUCAGUCUUUAUUCAUCAGGUCGAGUUGAACGUGAACUUCAAACAACUGUAGUAACUUUUCACUUAGAAAUAAUUCCAAAUUUGUAUUGAAUAUGUACCUGACAGUGUAAAUAAGCCUAGAACGGGUUUGGGAUUAAAAAUAAAACAAAUAUAUGAAUAUUUA